AUGACAAAAGAGUGGCUGCCGAGCUUUGACCCUCAGGACGAGCCCUUUUACCAAACUAUCGUCGAGGCCCUCGAGGCUGACAUCGACAGUGGGCGGCUGGCGCCGGGCUAUCGCCUGCCCACCCAGCGCCGCCUCGCCCAGCGCCGAACGGCGCGGGCUGAUCCGUGGCGAGGGCCGUCGCGGCACUUUCGUGGGUACGCCAGAGACCGGCCGCUCGACCUUGGCGUCAAUGGCUCCAGGCGGCGCUAUCGAUUUGGGGGUCAACUAUCCGACCUACUGCUUCGAUCCGACCUCGGUCCGGUGCUCAGUCGGCUGGCGGUGGACUCGAGCCGCGGUCAUCUUCUGCGCUAUCCGCCUCCGGGUGGCUUUCCCGAGCAUCGCGAGACCGGUGCCGAGUGGCUGAAGCGGUUCGGCGCCGAGGUCGAGGCGGACAAUGUGCUGGUCACUGCCGGCGCCCAGCACGCCAUCAUGGUAGCCAUCGCUACGGUCACCCGACCGGGCGAUACGAUUCUCUCCGAAGCCUCUACAUUCCCCGGCAUCAAAGCGGUGGCCGACACCCUCGACCUACGUCUGCUCGGCGUGCCGAUGGACCGGGGCGGCCUGCUACCGGACGAGCUCGAAGCGUUUUGCAAGCGUUAUUCGCCGCGGGCUUUGUACUGCAAUCCGACCCUCAACAAUCCGACCCAGACCACCCUCGACGGUGAGCGCCGCCGGGCCGUAGUCGAGAUCGCGCGGCGUUACGAUUUGUUGCUGGUCGAGGACGAAGUCCACCGAACGUUGGCGCGGGAUCCGCCGCCGUUACUGGCUAAGUUGGCCAGCGAGCGGACCUUUCUGUUGACCUCGUUCUCGAAGGCGGUGGUGGCUGGCUUGCGGGUUGGCUUCCUGGCGGUGCCACCGGUCUGGCGCGAGCGCACCGCGGCGACUUUGCAGGCGACCCUGAUCGGGGUAUCGCCGCUCAAUGCCGAGGUGUUUCGCUGCUGGCUCGAGGACGGCACGGUGGACCGUACCGUCCGCCGUCGGCGGCGCGAAGCGCGGGUCCGCCACCGCCUGGCCGCUGAGCUGCUCGACAAUUAUCCAGUCGAGGCCAGCGGCGAAGGCCAUCUGCUGUGGUUGCCGUUGCCGGAGAGUUGGGCGUCGGCCGAGCUCGCCUUGGAACUGCGCCGGCGCGGUGUGACAGUGGCGUCGGCCGAGACCUUUGCGGUGCCGCCGUCAUUGCCGGCAAGAGCCAUCCGUCUUUGUCUGGGAUCUGCCGAGCAGUCUGUCCUGAGGCGCGGCCUCGGCAUCGUCGCCGAGGUGUUGGCCGCGCCGCCAAGUUGUGGCCUGGCGACGCUUUGA